AAGGUUCCAAUCAAACAGCUUUACACUUCCCUCCUACCACAUCCUUUUAUGAAUCAAACCAAACGGAGCCUAGAGGGUUUAGCCGUUUAGGGAACUAGGGUUUUGUUUGCCACCAUCCUCUCUCUCUCUCUCUCUCUCUCUCCCUGAAACUCGCUCUGUGAUUUCUGAAGAUGGGAAGCAGCCAAGCAGCCUUGUCCUUCCUCACAAACCUCGCUCGAGCAGCCUUUGGCUUCGGUGUGGGUGCAACCAUCCUCAAUUCUUCCCUCUACAAUGUCGACGGUGGCCAACGAGCCGUACUCUUCGAUCGUUUCCGGGGAGUUCUCGACGAUACAAUUGGAGAAGGUACCCACUUCUUAAUCCCCUGGCUCCAGACUCCCUACAUCUUUGACAUCCGAACUCGCCCCCACACCUUUUCCUCCGUCUCCGGCACAAAGGACCUUCAAAUGGUCAACCUCACACUCCGAGUCCUCUCCCGUCCUGAAGUCCCUCGCCUCCCCACUAUCUUCAAAACCCUCGGUCUCGAGUACGACGAAAAGGUCCUUCCCUCCAUCGGCAACGAAGUCCUCAAAGCGGUCGUCGCCCAGUUUAACGCCGAUCAGCUCCUCACUGAACGUCCCCACGUCUCUGCCCUCGUCCGCGAGAGCUUGAUUCGUCGCGCCAGGGACUUCAACCUUGUUCUUGAUGAUGUUGCUAUUACUCACUUGUCCUAUGGUCAUGAGUUCUCUAAGGCUGUUGAGCAGAAGCAGGUGGCACAACAGGAAGCGGAGAGGUCCAAGUUUAUUGUGAUGAARGCGGAGCAGGAGAGGAGRGCAGCYAUUAUUAGGGCUGAAGGAGAAAGUGAGUCGGCUAAGCUGAUUUCAGAUGCGACUGCAGCUGCUGGGAUGGGCUUGAUCGAGUUGAGAAGGAUUGAGGCGUCAAGGGAAAUUGCUUCUACUUUGGCGAAGUCACCCAAUGUGGCGUAUCUUCCUGGUGGAAACAACAUGUUACUUGGGCUCAAUCCUUCUUUGACGCCUGGGCGUUGAUCAUGGUUUGUUUCGGAAUAUGAUUUAAUGUAGGGCUGCAAUGUGAUUUUGAGGUUUGGUUUAUAUUAUGCACAUUCAAUGGAAGUAUCUUACAAACAUUUGAUGCUUUUUUCUCUGAAACUAUAUUUAUCAUCCGAAACUUUUACGUAGGUGGAAAUUAUAGAUUCAAAAUUUAUCAGUGUUUACAAGUUACGAAUCUAAUAACAGCAUUAUUUCCAUUUUGAAAUAGCAAAUUUUCUACUCUUUCAA